AUGUCGGUCUGUCGGUCUUUGAUGCACUUGGAGACACAAAAGGGUGGUUGUGCCUAUGAGGCCAUUGGGCGGGUCUACAAGGAUGCACCGACCAUUUGCUUGGUGGUGGUCCUCGUCAUUGCGCUGGUGAUUCUGAUCUUGGUGCUGUUCAGCACUUGCGUGGCUCGAGUGAUGGGCGCGAAAGGUGCAGUGACCGUCGACUUGAUCCUGUUUUGGCUCUUUGCGCGUCUGGUUGCGCGAGCGCUGAUGUUCCCUGGAUCCUUGAAGAUCUUCCAGCGGAGCACGGAGGCCAACUACAGGGUGGAGGUGGCGCGACACUAUAUCCUUUACGUGAGACAUCUUUGGCAUUUCCUCCGUCACGCCUCUCGCCUCUCUGAGAGCUCCAUGAAGGGCGUGACCCUUGAAGGUUUAGCGUGGGCUCUUGGCUUCAGGUGUCGAGUGUUGAUACCAGAUGAUUCUAUCACCGAGGAGAAGUCGUGUUCUGCGAUCGCAUCCCUGGCGAACUCCCUGCGGACGCAGGAGCAGCAUGAGGAGCGGCCGAGCCGAUCUUUGCUCAAGCUACCACACACAAUCCAGUGCUUGGUUGUCAUCCGAAUUCAGGUGCGUCUGAGUGCGCAGCAACGUCAGGACUUGGAACGUUGGCUUCCAACCCUUCAGGCCAGCGAGUUGGCUGAAUUGCAUAUGUCUCAGAGCGAGGUGCUUGGAAGAUCUGAGUUGUUGUCCAGUGAAGGCGUCAAAGAGCGCAUGAAUCAACUGGAGAAGUUACUCUCGGUGAUGGAGGAGCUUCGGAAUCCACGAAGCCCCAGAGGAAUGCUCAUGACAGUGCUGCGGUUUCUUCAGGCGCCCACGGUCGGAUCUCUGGGCCAGCUUCGUGCCGAGUUGCAGCUGCACUACUCUGGGCAACAACUCUGGGUACCUACAAGAGGCGGUCAUCGAUUAGACGCGAUGUUCAUCCCAUGCCAGCGGGGCUAUCGCCUUCCUGACUCGGAGGUGUCCAAAGACGAGACACCCCUGCUGGAGGCAGGGAUUAUGUAUUGUAUGGUGCAACCCUAA